AUGUCUGGAUUAUUGCCAUUAAGCACUUUCAACUUGGCCUUGAAGCCAUUUGACCCACAACCAGCCUGUGUCGAAGACUACCCAGUCACCAUCAGAAUCACCUUGGCUGCCAUUGACCCUGAAUCCGUUGAUGGUAAGGAUGCUCCAUCCACCUUGAGAAUCUUGAAGAGAGCUGUUGCCGGUGGUGAAUGUGACGACUCCGACUGCGAUGAGUGCUCUGAUGACGACGAAGAGGAAAAGCCGGUUAAGAAGUCCAAGACCGCCAAGGCCGAAGAAAACAACAAGGAAGACUCCGAGGAAGACUCCGAGGAGGACUCUGAGGGUGACUCUGAGGAUGAGGAUGAUGUUGAAGAAUUUGUCAUCUGUACCUUGUCUCCUUUGUCUCAAUUCCAGCAGACUUUGGACUUGACCAUCUCUCCAGAAGAAGAAAUCCACUUCGUGGUCACCGGUUCGUACCCAAUCCACUUGACCGGUAACUACGUCGAACACCCAUACGACAAUGAGUCUGACGAAGACCAGGAUGAAGAGUACUCCGACGACGAAUACGACUUGACUCCAGAUGAGGAUGAGAUCCUCUCUGACUUUGAAAACUUGGAAGGUGCCGAUGUCGAAGCCAAGAUCCAGGAAAUCGUCGAGAAGAAGGAGAACAAGAAGCGUUCAGCUGAGGCCCCUGUUGCCGAGCAGAAGCAGAAAAAGGGUAAGAAAGAGGAAAAGACUGUCCAGUUCACCAAGGAGUUGGAACAGGGCCCGACCGGUUCUACCUUGACCAAGAAGGAAGCCAAGAAGGAGGUCUCCAAGAAGGAAGAAAAGAAGGAAAAGAAGGUUGUUGUCAAGACCUUGGCCGGUGGAGUCGUCACUGAAGACAGAACUGUCGGUAAGGGUGCAGUCGCCAAGUCUGGUAACAAGGUCGGUGUCCGUUACAUCGGUAAGUUGAAGAACGGUAAGGUCUUUGACAAGAACACCUCUGGUAAGCCAUUUGCAUUCUCCUUGGGUAGAGGUGAGGUUAUCAAGGGUUGGGACGUUGGUGUUGUCGGUAUGGCCGUUGGUGGUGAACGUAGGAUUGUCAUCCCAGCUCCAAUGGCCUACGGCAAGCAGGCCAUGCCAGGCCUCCCAGCCAACUCCGAAUUGACCUUCGACGUCAAGCUUGUCUCCAUCAAAUAA